UCUCUCCUUCUUGUGACACAAACAUUCGCGCACACGCGCGCACAUCCUUUAACUGUUUUUGUGUGAGAGAGGAUUAUGGGAUAUACUUUUUAUUUGUUUCGUUUCUUUGCUUCCUUUUUUUCCCCCGCUUCCUUUUUUCUUUCACUUCGGUAAAAUCUUUGUGGUUAAUGUUAGCAAUACGAACAUAACAUCGCCAUAGUAAACAAGGACUAAACUGUUUUGGUAGGAUUAUUUUCAUGUGGCUAAGAUCUGACACUGUGUCCGCCGAGGUCUGACCGGAUAGCUAAGCUGCUUUAGGGACAUUAACUUGACCGAAAGAGCCUCUCCUGAGCAGUGAUUCAUUGGAUGGAUGUAAUGUUUGAAUCGCAGACUACAAGUAUAAUUACAGCAGACAAAGCAAGUGGUCAAGGGGAAAAAAAAAAGAUUACACAUAGGUGUCGCUCUUAUUUAAAUCAGGCUAGUGAGCUGGAGUUUUCCCAGAAUCCUUGGAUGUAAAUAAAGGAAGUCGUAAUUGGCAUACCUGAACAAGACACCAGGCCUUGAACCCAGGACGAAGAAGGAAUCAUCAAAAGACUUGGCAAUGAGUCAUGCUGGCGCCUUAGUGUGAGCAACUUGUGGGUGCUAUUGGUAAAAACAAAACUUCAUGAGACUCGAACGAGUUUCUUUCACGUUAUUCUGUCGUCUGCCGAAGUUAUUUUUGCUUUUUUCAGUCGAACCCGCAGUCAGAGGUCACUAGGUCAGUCAGAAUUCAGAGGUCACUAGUGUUCAGUUCAUUAAUUUCCUCUGCGAUGCUUGUCUUUGACCUUGUUCAGCAAUGACUGAGGGAGGAGUCCGAGUUCCACAUUAUCUCCCAUGUGACAGGUUACUGUGACCGGAUCAUGCGACGGAGACUACGUCCUUGGGAUGACCUGUCAACACAACCAUCUAAUCUGCUCCCUUCACUGUGGAGCUCUAGUCGAGUCGUUGUACUAAUUAAGGUCCACCUGGCAUGCUCUCUAUUGACCCUGGUCAUGGCCUUAAUGCCGGCCACGGGGUCAAGCCAGGAAUCUGCAAAUGGCACCCAAGAUUUCUCAGAAAUAGUAUUCCACAACGCGUCAGCGACGUUUUCCGGUCCCGAGAUCUUCCGAAUCAAUUCCACGUCUUCGGAGAUAUCCGGAAAUGAUGCAAGCGUCCACAACAGCCCGUCGGUGUCGGUGGAAGAGGACAUACCUAGGGAGUACCCCACAGCCCUGGUCAUCGCCAGCUCUGUAGCGGCUGUCAGCAUUCUCGUGUUUUUCUUCCUAGCCUACUGCUGGCACACCCACCAGCUGGACAGCCGUGCCAGGAAGCUGGCCAUCAGACUAGCAGCCGACGCCGAGCAGGGAGCCCGGCGUCGGAGCUGCGUGGCGCCUCCGUCGAGGAGCCACAUCAGGGCGCCAUCCGUCUCCGAGCCGUCGCCCGACCGCAACCACUACGAGGCGCUGGCCUUGGAGGACGACUUGGGCCAGUAUAGCGACUGUGGUAGGAGCUCCAGAGGCGUGUCUGAGAGCGAGGCUGGAGACAGCGAGGACAUGUUUGGCCACCCCCACCUGCCAGGGAUAGGCGAACGUGGGCGGAGCUUUACCAAAGGAGUCAGAGGCGGACACAAAAAAUGGAAUCGGUCUAGAAAACACUCAUCUGGUGCCAGCCUAGACAAAAGAGAUUCGGCCGUAACUGAUAAAGAAAUUUUAACCCAUUUUGCAAGCAGAAGGCAUUCCACAUUUUUUAUUUAAUAUCAGCUUCACUGUGAUCCCAUUGUCUGCAAAACAAAUAUUUUAAUUUCAUGUUGAACUUAAUAUUUUGUUCUAUUGUUAUCAUCAUUCAUUUCUUUGAGUCUAACAAAUGAGUGAUUUCCCCCUCAUAACUCAUAUGUUUCAAGGGAGUUAACUGUGUAUGAAUUUCAACAAUGCAACAUUUAUUGUGUUAUUGCCCUUAGCUUGAACGUUUGUUGUGAUGUCUGGUAUUUUGGUUUCCCGAAUUUGAAUGAUUCUUAUUUUAGUAAAGAAUUUGUUGAGUUGAAAUACUUUGGUUUGGGCCGUUUUUUUUUUGUUUUUACAGAUGUUCAAAAAGACAGUCUAUUUUUAAUUUAUUAUACCGUUAAAACAUUUAAACAUAAGAGCUCUGUGUGAAUUUAAUUGUAAAUAAUUACACAGACUCUUUUGGAUUUUUUAACUCUAUCUCUCCAUACUUAUUUUCCACGUUCCAAUGAAAUUCUUCAUUUUGCUUAUUAGCGUUUCACUCCCCUGUUAGGGUUAAACUUCAAUAACUUUUUCUAUGUUAUCAGAAAACAUUUUAUUAGGCAUAGAAUUAUAGAAGACUACAUUCUCUUUUUAUAUAAUAGUAAUUAAAGUUUAUGAAUCCAAAAAUGCAAUUGAUGUAAUGAGGUCUAAUCAACAUUGGUAUCGUCAAUUAGAUGAGACAUUAUGUGUAGUUCCAUGAAAAGUAGAACAUUAAAUGUAAUAUUUAUUUACCAUAAGUGAGAAACUAAAAA